UUUCUCUCACUUUCAGUUGUUCUCUAAUGGCUCAGCUUAACGCUCCCUUGAUCCAGAAGAGUGAAAGAAUUCUGUUUUAUUUUUUGCCAAUUUCUCAUGUUUUAUUUUGUUUACUUUUCUUGACUAAACUCACCAGUGUGGUUAACCGGAUAUGCAUAUGGGAUUUGGGUAUUUUUCUGUUUUUCAGCAUGAUCUUGACCUUAAUAAACUGGGUUUUGAUAAAGCUUCCAAAUGUGGUGUCCGAAAAUGUCGGAUUUGUAAUACUUGGUUUACCAAUAGUUGUUGUGAACACAAUAGUGUUCAAGAUGGUCAGGAACUCCGAACAAUUCUAUCAGAUCUUUGCUUAUGGAGGUUUAAUUUUAAUGCUGUCUGCGAGGUUAAGCUCUGAUAAUGAUUCACUUUUUAUCCUGAGAUCUCUUGUCUUUCAAUACGAAUCGUUUUCGAUCACUUAUUUUCUGGACUCUAAAGAUGAUCUUCAUAUUACGAAAGGAUUAUGGAUGUUCGCUGUAUUUAUCAUUGGCUUGUGUGUUCAUGUUUUUCCACAUCAUGAUGCAAAGUUGGCUGUUAAAUUCUUACUCCUGUUGGUGCCUCAGAAAUUCUGUCCUCCCAUAGCCCAGUGACUAGAUAAUUUUUGCUACCAGAAGAACGCAUGAAAGAUUGAUAACUCUUUCCAAUGUUUAGUACUAAUCUUAGAAAAUUAGUUGUUUUUCUUGAAAUUUCAGUGCAAUGAUUAGACAUUGAUCUUUCUACUUGUAUUGAAGUUCUAGUCUUUUGAAAUUAAACUGGACUUCAGACAAACUAAAGUUUAGUGACACAAUUGAUAUUUCACUAAGUUCAGUGACGCCAAAG